CGAGAGGAGGCCCAGGAGGCUUGGCGGCGUGACAGCGCGCCUCGGGGGUCCCAGAAGUAGGGGCCGGUGGGCGGCGGCGGUGGCGGCUGGGUGAACCUGCUGCGGCCCGGCGCUCCCAGGGGCGGCGAGCGGGAGCCAAGCGCAACCGGGGGAGGCGGGCUGGUUCUGAAGGCCCCCCCCCCCCGGGCCGAGGGGGCUUAUGAACCAUUAUUCACCAGUUGUCACCUAAGAAGCCCUGAACCACUGGCGAGCGUCGCGGGAGGCGCACCGGAAGGGGGUCCCCGGCCGGGGCGUAGCGCAGCGCACACGCGUGGCGCACGGCGCAGCGUCGCCUAGGGCACCCGGGCCAGCGCACGGAGCCGGGGCGGGCCCGGGGGCGGCGCAGACCCCGGGCGCGGGCGGCCCGCGGCGCCCCCUGGGCUCUGCGCGCUCGGGGCCGGCGCAGCGCCAGGUGAGGGGGACUCGGGCCGGGGAGGGGGAGCCGCCCGUGCGCCCCCUCCCCCUCCCCCUGCCCCUCCCGGGCGGGUGGCCGGGGGAGGGCGGCGGCUGUCCGUAUAUAUCGCGGCGCGCCCCGCCAGGUCGCGCACAGCGCCCCGAGCCCGGCGCCUCCCCGCCCCCUCCCCGCGCCCCGCGGCGGCGGCGGCAGCAGCAGCAACAUGGCUGUUGACGGGUGCUCGGGGUGGCGCUGGCGGCGGGAGGAGCUCCCCCGAGCCCCUGCGCCGGCCGCCCGUUGCUAGCUAUGGCAAAUGGUGGCGGCGGCGGCGGCGGCAGCAGCGGUGGCGGCGGCGGCGGCGGCGGCGGAGGCAGCGGUCUUAGAAUGAGCAGCAAUAUCCACGCGAGCCAUCUCAGCCUAGACGCGUCCUCCUCCUCCUCUUCCUCCUCCUCUUCUUCCUCCUCCUCCUCUUCCUCUUCGUCCUCGGUCCACGAGCCCAAGAUGGAUGCGCUCAUCAUCCCGGUGACCAUGGAGGUGCCGUGCGACAGCCGGGGCCAGCGCAUGUGGUGGGCUUUCCUGGCCUCCUCCAUGGUGACUUUCUUCGGGGGCCUCUUCAUCAUCUUGCUCUGGCGGACGCUCAAGUACCUGUGGACCGUCUGCUGCCACUGCGGGGGCAAGGCGAAGGAGGCCCAGAAGAUUAACAAUGGCUCAAGCCAGGCAGACGGCACACUCAAGCCGGUGGACGAAAAAGAGGAGGCGGUGGCUGCGGAGGUUGGUUGGAUGACCUCUGUGAAGGACUGGGCGGGGGUGAUGAUAUCUGCCCAGACGCUGACCGGCAGAGUCCUGGUUGUCUUAGUCUUUGCUCUCAGCAUUGGUGCACUUGUAAUAUACUUCAUAGAUUCAUCCAACCCAAUAGAAUCCUGCCAGAAUUUCUACAAAGAUUUCACAUUACAGAUCGACAUGGCUUUCAACGUGUUCUUCCUCCUCUACUUUGGCUUGCGGUUUAUCGCAGCCAAUGAUAAGCUGUGGUUCUGGCUGGAAGUGAACUCUGUUGUAGAUUUCUUCACAGUCCCCCCAGUGUUUGUGUCUGUAUACUUAAACAGAAGUUGGCUCGGUUUGAGGUUUCUAAGAGCUCUCAGACUGAUACAGUUUUCAGAAAUUUUGCAGUUUCUGAAUAUUCUGAAAACAAGUAAUUCCAUCAAGCUGGUGAAUCUGCUGUCCAUCUUCAUCAGCACCUGGCUAACUGCGGCCGGCUUCAUCCACUUGGUGGAAAAUUCAGGAGACCCAUGGGAGAACUUCCAGAACAACCAGGCUCUCACCUACUGGGAGUGCGUCUAUCUCCUCAUGGUCACCAUGUCCACCGUGGGUUACGGGGACGUGUACGCAAAAACCACGCUCGGGCGCCUCUUCAUGGUCUUCUUCAUCCUCGGGGGACUGGCCAUGUUUGCCAGCUACGUCCCUGAAAUCAUAGAGCUCAUAGGAAACCGCAAGAAAUACGGGGGCUCCUAUAGUGCGGUUAGUGGAAGAAAGCACAUUGUGGUCUGUGGACACAUCACCCUGGAGAGCGUUUCCAACUUCCUGAAGGACUUUCUACACAAAGACCGAGAUGACGUCAAUGUGGAGAUUGUGUUUCUUCACAACAUUUCCCCUAACCUGGAGCUUGAAGCUCUGUUCAAAAGACAUUUUACUCAGGUGGAAUUUUAUCAGGGUUCGGUCCUCAAUCCACAUGAUCUUGCAAGAGUCAAGAUAGAGUCAGCAGAUGCGUGUCUGAUCCUGGCCAACAAGUACUGUGCUGACCCAGAUGCGGAAGACGCCUCUAAUAUCAUGAGAGUCAUCUCCAUAAAGAACUACCAUCCGAAGAUAAGGAUCAUCACGCAGAUGCUGCAGUAUCACAAUAAGGCCCAUCUGCUAAACAUCCCGAGCUGGAAUUGGAAAGAGGGUGAUGACGCAAUCUGCCUUGCAGAACUCAAGUUGGGUUUCAUAGCCCAGAGCUGCCUGGCCCAAGGCCUCUCCACGAUGCUCGCCAAUCUCUUCUCCAUGAGGUCGUUCAUAAAGAUUGAGGAAGAUACAUGGCAGAAAUACUACUUGGAAGGAGUCUCAAAUGAAAUGUACACAGAAUAUCUCUCCAGUGCCUUCGUGGGUCUGUCCUUCCCUACUGUUUGUGAGCUGUGUUUUGUGAAGCUCAAGCUCCUUAUGAUAGCCAUUGAGUACAAGUCUGCCAACCGAGAGAGCCGAAGCCGAAAGCGUAUAUUAAUUAACCCUGGAAAUCAUCUUAAGAUCCAAGAAGGCACUUUAGGAUUUUUCAUCGCAAGUGAUGCCAAAGAAGUUAAAAGGGCAUUUUUUUACUGCAAGGCCUGUCAUGAUGACAUCACAGAUCCCAAAAGAAUAAAAAAAUGCGGCUGCAAACGGCUUGAAGAUGAGCAGCCGUCAACACUAUCACCCAAAAAAAAGCAACGGAAUGGAGGCAUGCGGAACUCACCCAACUCCUCCCCGAAGCUGAUGAGACAUGACCCUUUGUUAAUUCCUGGCAAUGAUCAGAUUGACAACAUGGACUCCAACGUGAAGAAAUAUGACUCUACAGGGAUGUUUCAUUGGUGUGCACCCAAGGAGAUAGAGAAAGUCAUCCUGACGCGCAGCGAAGCCGCCAUGACCGUCCUGAGCGGCCACGUGGUUGUCUGCAUCUUUGGUGAUGUCAGCUCAGCCCUGAUUGGUCUGCGGAACCUGGUGAUGCCACUCCGUGCCAGCAACUUCCAUUACCAUGAGCUCAAGCACAUUGUGUUUGUGGGCUCCAUUGAGUACCUCAAGCGGGAAUGGGAGACACUUCAUAAUUUCCCCAAAGUGUCCAUAUUGCCUGGUACGCCAUUAAGUCGGGCUGAUUUAAGGGCUGUCAACAUCAACCUCUGUGACAUGUGCGUUAUCCUGUCAGCCAAUCAGAAUAAUAUUGAUGAUACUUCGCUGCAGGACAAGGAAUGCAUCUUGGCGUCACUCAACAUCAAAUCUAUGCAGUUUGAUGACAGCAUCGGGGUCUUGCAGGCAAAUUCCCAAGGAUUCACGCCUCCAGGAAUGGACAGAUCCUCUCCAGAUAACAGCCCAGUGCAUGGGAUGUUACGCCAGCCAUCCAUCACAACCGGGGUCAACAUCCCUAUCAUCACAGAACUAGCUAAACCGGGCAAGUUGCCUUUGGUAUCAGUCAAUCAGGAAAAAAACAGUGGGACGCACAUUCUAAUGAUAACUGAACUGGUGAACGACACUAAUGUUCAGUUUUUGGACCAAGACGAUGAUGACGACCCCGACACAGAACUGUACCUCACACAGCCCUUUGCCUGUGGGACAGCCUUUGCCGUCAGUGUCCUGGACUCGCUCAUGAGUGCGACGUACUUCAAUGAUAAUAUCCUUACCCUAAUACGGACCCUGGUGACCGGAGGGGCCACGCCGGAGCUGGAGGCUCUGAUCGCCGAGGAGAACGCACUUCGAGGGGGCUACAGCACCCCCCAGACACUGGCUAACAGGGACCGUUGCCGCGUGGCCCAGUUAGCUCUACUGGAUGGGCCCUUCGCAGACCUGGGGGAUGGCGGUUGUUAUGGUGAUCUGUUUUGCAAAGCUCUGAAAACGUACAAUAUGCUUUGUUUUGGAAUCUACCGGCUGAGAGAUGCCCACCUCAGCACCCCCAGCCAGUGUACGAAGAGGUAUGUCAUCACCAACCCCCCCUACGAGUUUGAGCUUGUGCCGACGGACCUGAUCUUCUGCUUAAUGCAGUUUGACCACAACGCCGGCCAGUCCCGGGCCAGCCUGUCCCAUUCCUCCCACUCGUCGCAGUCCUCCAGCAAGAAGAGUUCCUCUGUUCACUCCAUCCCAUCCACAGCAAACCGACAGAACCGACCCAAGUCCAGGGAGUCCCGGGACAAACAGAACAGAAAAGAAAUGGUUUACAGAUGAGCCGGACAAUGCCUAUCCCAGAAACAUUCAAAUCAAGCCCAUGAGUACCCACAUGGCUAACCAGAUCAACCAAUAUAAAUCCACAAGCAGCUUGAUUCCACCAAUCAGAGAAGUUGAAGAUGAAUGUUGAUUCCCAGGAGACCAGAACUAUUUUUUUAAAGCCUGACAAACUUCAUAAAUGGUGACAUGACUUUUCUUCCUCUUACAUCCUGAAUCACUGGUGGAAAUGUUAGGAUAAGCAAGAAUUGCAAGAAAAUAAAGUAGACCUUUCUCGUUGUCGGCCUUGAAUAUUGCUUCCAUGUACUUUGGAAAAGAAAAAGAUUUCAUUUACAAAUGAACAUACUAAAAUAGUCAUGUAUAGCCUCUAGUACUUUAAAUUAUUUUUACUUAUUAGAAAGAAGAUAUAUUUUUCUUUUUUCUUUCAUUGUCAAAUAUCUGCCCUAUAUUAACACAAUGCAAACUCACAAUGCACCAAGUGGCCAGACUCCUUAAGGCAUAUUUCUCUUCUUUCUUUUUUGUUGAGGAGGAUGAUGGUCCCGUUACCAGAGCUAAUUGUAAAUUAAGUGAAAUGGAUUAUUAAAAUAAUUUUGAAAUGGCCAACAAUGCAUAAUGUAUUUUAGUAAAU